CAUAGCUCGGCUAGUACUGCCUGUACAUGGUGUUGCUGUAGAGCAGGAUGGCGGCGCAGCCUCCUCCUCCUAAACCUUGGGAAACUCGGCGGGUACUCGGUGGCCUGCCGACCACGUCUUUUCAGUCUGCUGAGCUUAGAGCCAACACUCUGACUAGAUUAGGACAACCUACUCUUAGUAGAGUUGCUCCUCCUGUCCUACCCAGACAAUCGCAACAGACUUUUAGCAAUGGGAUUAGCCCCUACAGACCUCCAUACAGCUCAUUUUCACCUGGCUUUGGCUCCUAUGGCAGUUCCUUAUAUGGAAAUUACAGUCCACAUAGCUAUGGUUAUGGAGGUGGUUAUGGUGGUUCUUAUGGAGGGUAUAACCGCUUCCAGAUGGAUGAUGUUCCUCCUAGCAGGUUUGUCCGUCAAGCUGAGGAAAGCAGCCGGGGUGCUUUCCAGUCAAUUGAAAGCAUUGUUCAUGCCUUUGCUUCAGUCAGUAUGAUGAUGGACGCUACCUUUUCAGCCGUGUAUAACAGCUUUAGGGCUGUUCUUGAUGUGGCCAACCACUUUUCCAGACUGAAGGUUCAUUUCACAAAUGUAUUUUCAGCUUUUGCACUUGUCAGAACAAUUAGAUUUAUUUACAGGCGUUUGCUACAACUCCUGGGUCUUCGCAAGAACUCUGAAAAUGAGGACCUGUGGAAUGAGAGUGCAGGAACUGUGGCUCGCACUGGCACCAAGCGUGACUCCACCACCUCUGCAAAGUCGUGGCCUAUCUUCUUGUUCUUUGCUGUAAUUCUUGGUGGCCCUUACCUCAUUUGGAAACUUCUAUCUUCGGCCAGUGCAGAAGUUAAUGAAAACAUAAACUGGGCAAAUGGAGAAGAUGACCAUGUUGUGGGCAGAGCUGAAUAUGACUUUACUGCUUCUUCUGACGAAGAAAUUUCCUUUCAUGCUGGAGAUCUGCUUAAUCUGGCUCCUAAAGAACAACAACCCAGUGUCCGGGGAUGGUUGCUUGGAAGCCUGGAUGGACAAACAACAGGAUUAGUGCCAUCUAACUAUAUAAAAAUCCUUGGAAAACGCAAGGGUAGGAAAAUAGCAGAUUUGGAGAAAAAGCCAGAACCACAGAAUCUUCCUGGUACUUCCUCUGCACAAGGAGCUACAGUUCUUGCCACCUUAGAGGAGCAAGAAGCUGCAAUGGAUUCUGUUUUUGUAGAAUCUAAUAAAUCCGCAUGCAAUGUUAAGUCAGGUUCUAUCCAGGGAGAACCAUUUGAUCUCUAAUGUAUCCCAUUUCUUAAAGGUGGAAGACAAAUGUGUCUCAGGGCCCUCAGCAGCAAAGUGAUUUGGGUGAUAAAUAUGCAUAAAUGUCUACAACAGCACAUUGACUCUCAAAGGUCUAAGCCAUCUUAGCAACAUAUAUUGCUGAUUUGAAUUAACACAUUUUAAUAAUUCAAGUAAGAUUCACUUUAUCUAUUUACCUGUUUUGUGCUUCAAACUAGUUCCUAAUAAAUAUAAAAAAAAAUCAUUGGUAAAAAUUAAACAACUAGAUCUGAACUUUCUUUAGAAGGGCUUUAUUCUCAAAUAGAGGCACUUAAAGGGACAUUUUGCUCGAAAAAAAAUGGUACCCUUUAAUUUGUUCCCAAUGAUCCACGUUACCUGCUGGAGUGUAUUAAAUAGUUUACAAGUAUUUCCUUUACCCUUAUAUUGGAAUUUGAAAUAGUUGAUUUAGCCUAAGAUAUACCACCUACUCUGAAAGUUUUUGGCCUUAGGUCCAAGCUAUAGAUAAGCUGUGUAAACACAGCCAGCAGAAGAAAUGACACUCCCAGGGGGGUAUAGAAGAGAUAAGGUAAUAAAAUGUUAAUUUUCCAUUGCUCUCUCCAAGUAUUGGUCUUUGGUUUACAGACAUAUAUAAGAUAAAGAAGCAUGUAUAUGUACACAAUGUGAUAAAGUGAGAGUGAGAUCUGAUUUAUAUACCAUUUUAUUAGGCUAUGGCUUCAAAACACAAAAUCAGCUAUUUCAUAUACUCAAAUUAACCUUAAAAGCAAAUUCUUAUACAUAAUAUACUCUGCAGUUGGUUUAAAAAGUAAUUGGAAACACAUUAAGGGAAAAAUGAUUUUACAGUAUACUGUCCCUUUAAAAUAUGUACCUAUAGUCUUACCAGCUGCUGCUACCUCACAUCUAGUAGAACAUCAGCUGCCUGCUAAUGUCUAAUGACUUGGCAGUUCACAUAUUUCAGUAGAUGCUGAUAAUCAUAAACUGUACAGUGUAUGCCCUUUUAAUCUCCUUUUUCAUGGUACACUUUUCCUUUUUAUAAUGCAUGAUGAGAUAUCUGCAUGAAAUUGUAGAGGAUUAAUACAGUGAUUCAUUUUUACAUAGUUCUGGUAUAGAUUACUACAGGUUAUUUGUUAUUUUUGUGUUGGUCUUCAAAGUGUAUUGAAGACGUUUCUAGAAAAAUGCGUAAAUACACAUUUUGUUUUCUUUGCUGCUGUAAUACCAACAGGGAAUUGUUGUUCUUCAGGUUUCAAGAAACUAAGAAAUAGACAACAAAUUAAACUGAAUAAACACUUCUAAUUGAAAGUGUAGAAGAAUUGAAAAAAUUAACAUAUAAAAUUAUUUUUUAUCCCAGUGCUACAUAUUCCACCUAUCCGUUCUCAUUCCAGCUAUGGCAUUUCAGAAAUCGGGGUCAAUUGAAAAAUGUUCCGAUGGUUCCUACUUUUAUUAGUGUCCAUUUUAAAAAAAAAAAAAAAAUAGUUUAAGAAACCUUAAAGGGACAGUCUACUCAAAGUUUUGUAUUGUUUAAAAGGAUAGUCCCUUUAUUACCCAUUCCCCAGUUUUAUACAACCAACAUGGUUAUAUUAAUAUACUUUUUACCUCUGUGAUUAACUUUCAUCUGGCCUCUUCAGACAGCCCCCUUAUCUCAGGGCUAUUUACAAACUUGCAUUUUAGCUAGUUAGUGCAGGGUCCUGCACAACUCCACAGAUGUGAGCACAAUGUUAUGUAUAUAGCACACAUGAAUAAACAGUGUCUUGCCGUGAAAAGCUAAUAAAAAUGCAUGAGAUAAUAGGUGGUCUGUAGGGGCUUAGAAACAGGCAGAAAUUUAGAGGUUUAAACGUUUUCUAUUAAUAUAACAAUGUUGGUUGUGCAAAGCUGAGGAAUAAUUCGUAAAGGCAUUAUCUAUCUAUUGAAACAAUACAAAUUUUGGAGUAGACUGUCCCUUGUUUGUGUAAAAAUUGUGUUUGUCCUAUACUACCUAGAAAGGCCAAAAAAGUAAAUCCUGUAACCUAGAAAUCAGCUGGUUAAGACAAUUUGUACCUUUUUAGAAGAAAAUUCCGGUUACAGAAUUUCUAUUUGGCCUCUCUAGGAAGUGUGGGACAAACAUGUUUUACACAAAGGGUGUUCAAAGUUACAAGAAAGUCAAAAUGCAAUCAAAUGAAUACCCUGUAUGAAGACCACACAAAAUACUGUAGCUUGUUAUCAAUUGGAUUCUCCCUCAGUUCUUUAGGAUUUAUCAUUAAAGGGACAUGAGACCCAAAAUGUUUGUUUCAUGAUUCAGACCUUACAAUUUUAAACGACUUUACUUAGGUAAAACAUACCUAGGUAUGCUCAGCAGCAUCAACACACAACUGGGAGCUAGCUGUUUAUUGGUGGUUGCACAUAUAUGCCUCUUGCAUUGGUUCACAUGAUGUGUUCAGCUAGCACUGAGUAGUGCAUUGCUGCUCUUUCAAGAAAAGGAUGCCAGGAAAAUAAAACAAAAUGAUAAUAGAAGUUAAUUGAAAAAGUUGUUUAACCCUUUCCUGUCCUAUAAAUGUUCACUUAGUGCGCCAGCAGGUCUUAUUUAAUUUUUUUUUUGGGGGGGGGGGAGGGAAACAUACUUUUAAGUUUUAUAUAACACAGAUUUAUUUUCUUAUAACUACAAAGCAACUAAUAAUUAUUAUUCUAAAACAUUAUAUUAUGUUAGUCUCUCUAGUUUUUCAUUGUAUGAAACUUUUUAAAACAUACACCUGGGUGUAAACCAGCUUUUCUUGUGCAAGUUUCAGAAGUAGGCAGUUUCUCGUCUUAAACCUUUAGUUUUUCUGUUGCUACAUACUGCACAAUCUUUGGUAGAAUUUUUUUCAUUUUUCAUCACAAAGUGGGGUUUACCAUUUAUCCUGUCUUCAGUGUCUUGUGUUGAUGGCCUUCCCCGCAUUUGUGCAUUGACAUUUCGAACUUGUCCAACGAGCUGCUCAAUCAAUGCCUUUUGAAAUGUUAUGUAACUACUUUCAAGUACCUACGCUUUCGGUCAAGAUUAUAUAGCAUAAAGCUGUUUACUAUUGCAACUUCACACAGCCAUAAGAACAUUUUCCUCCACCAUUUCACCAACUUUCGCAGAAAGGCAUAACUGCCGCAGUAGUGGUCUGCUCUGUCCACAGCACCCAUGUAUUUGGUGUAUUCCGAAAUAACAACUGGCUUUGAAAUUGUUACUAAAUUGCCUUUGGUAACUCUUUGUUGAAUUAAUUCUGUGUCCGCAGUAUACACCAUUAAACACGUGGAUACAGUUCUUUUAUCUUUCCAUUGCAGGGUCAUGAUUUUAUUAUCUUUCUGAUAUGCAAUGACCUUGUGCACUUUUAUUUUUUUGCUCUUCAUUUCCUGUGGCAAACCUUGGUGGUUGGUCAUAACAGUGCCAGUAAGGCGCUAUAGUUCUUCACAAAGUUGAGGUCCUGUGUAAAAUCAGUCUGUAAACACAUAACCUGUUCCUUAAGACACUGAAAGUAACAUUUCGCACAAAUGAAGGACAAUUCUACAAGUAAAUGGAAGGUCAGGUCGAACUGAACUCUCUGUAGUAGUUUUGCCGAAAUAAGGAACAAAUGCUACUAUGUAACCUUAUGUAUCACAUAAGCAAUAGAUCUGAAGUCCCCAUUUGGUGGGCUUCUGUGGAUUGUAACAUUUCCACUGUACUCUGCCCUUGAAUCCAACGGUGCUUUCAUCUACUGCUAUAUUCACCCCAGGUAUAAAUAGUUCACUGUUUAUGUAGUCUGCUACAUCUUUUACGUUUACUCCCCCUAGUUCUAACCAUCAUUGGCUGCUGCGGUGAUGAAGGGCACAAAUGGAACAUCCAGAAAAUGUGUUUGAAUCUAGUUCUAGAAAACACAUCGGUAAAGAAUUGCAUGCGAUCAAGCUACUUUUGGGAGAAAAACUCAACUCUGAUUUUGAAUUUAGAGCCGUAUUCAUUAUAACGCCCAGAAAGGCUUUUACUUCAAUCAAAGUCACCUCCUUCCAAGUAUUCCAGAUGGAAUAUUGAGGCAGACGAGUGCAUUUUUGUAUUUUCACUAUCGCAUAUCUGUUUGUUUCUGUGACAAUUUGAUUCAGUAGCUGGUCAGUAAAAACUGACUAAAAAAAAAAUCAAUUUCCUUUUCACACUGACCAUUUGGGAUUUUAAUUCCUGGUCUGGGAACUGUAAAAGGCUGUCUCAGAAAAUGUGGAUCUUUACUAAGGUUCCUUUUUCCAAUUAUUUAUAUUUUUAUUUAUAUAUACAUUUUCAGCAGGUGGGUCUUCAUCCUCAACAUUUUCAUUUUCACCCACAACUAUUUCAUUUGCAUCACUGAAAUUUUCAUUUUCAGUGUCACUACUUGAAUCUGAAUUACUUGAGUUACUGGGGUUAAAAUCAUCUUCCUCACUAAAAUCUAUUUCUGAAUCACUGUCUUCUAAAAUUCUCAUUAUUUUCUCCUCAGAAUACUUUCUGCCCGCCAUUCUUUUAAAUUCACAGCUAAAUAGCAAGUUCAGCAAAUAACCACUAGAUGUCGUUAUUUAGCUGUGAAAAAGUCAUGUUGGAAUGUAGCUGACAUUGAACUGCAAGCACUAAAACACUUUGUCUGUAUAUAUUCCGACAUAGGACCGGAAAGGGUUAAAAUUGUAUGCUCUAUCUGAAUCAUAAAAGAAAACACAUUUGGGGUUCAUGUCUCCUUUUGAAAAUCUUCUCUUGCUUCUCAGUUAUCUGCAAUUUAUGAGGGCUGGCUUAGCAGCACGUCUGCUGUGGAAAAUUAACCACUUUUUUAACCCAUCUGCAAGGGUUAAACUCGGAGGUGAGCAUUUCUGCAAAAAUAAUUAGGGUAUAUUAUUAUUGCACUGUACCUUUUAUUAUUGCAUUGUACUCAUAAAGGGACAUUAUACACUCAUUUUUUCUUAGCAUAAAUGUUUUGUAGAUGAUCUCUUUAUAAAUCCCAUAACGUUUUUUGUUUUUUUAAAGUAUAGUUUUGCUUAUUUUUAAAUAACAUUGCUCUGAUUUUCAGACUCCUAACCAAGCCCCAAAGUAUUAUCAGAAUACUGCCCGCUACCUUCUCCAGCUUGCUCCUGUUUGUGUAAAGGGUCUUUUCAUAUGCAAAAGAAUUUCCCACUUGCAGUGGGCUUUCCAGCUACCUUUUCAACAGAGCUAAACUGAGAGCUUCUAAAUACGUUUUUAAACAGUUUUAUACUGGAUUUUUAUAUCAGUAUCUGUGCAUCUUAUUGUUUAUAGUAGUGUCUAUUACAUGCAGUUAUAUGAAAAUGAGUGUAUACUGUCCCUUUAAGCGCACAAAGUAAUAAUACUGUAUACUUGUAUAUGUUGUUUGAAGUAGCAUAAAAAAAACUGGCUUGGUUAUGGGCUGGCAUUAGACGUGCAUUCAAAUCCAUCUUUAGAAACCGAAUGGGGAAGAAUACUCAUGGCAUUUGGCUCUUUUCAGAGCCGGAUGUAUUCUUACAAAAGUUCAACACACUAAGAUCUAGAUUUGCACAGAUCUUAGCAUGUUACGAUUUUACAAGAAUAAAUCCAGCUCCUAAAAGAGCUGAAUGCCACGAGCGGCCGCCUUCUUCUGCAUUCAGUUCCUAAUCAAGGAUCGGCAUGUACAUGUCUAGCUGGUAGAAGUACUAUGUUGCUAGGGCUCGAGAAACAACUCUCCCUCUCUUCCUCUUCAUUAGGAAGCAGCUGUGAUUCAAGACAAUUCACACUAACUACCUUAUAUCUCUGGAUUAUAUACUGUUCUACUUAGUUGAACUUGUGAAACAGAAACCUUGUUGGACUUUUAACAUUGCAUGCAUCUGGAUAUGAAUAUUAUGUAUAGUUAAAUACUGAAACUGGUGUUUGCAAAGUCUUUGUCGAUUAAAGGGAAUUUCUUCUAACUUUAGCACUUUAAGCUCUGUACAGGAACAUUCAAUUAAAACCAUUAACCCCUUUUAAAAUAUCCACUUGUUGCAGCAAAUAGUAUUGCAUUUAUAUGUUUAUUAAACUUUGCUUUUCAAACC